AAGUAAAAGAAGAAGACACUUGUGCGCAGCUUCAUCUGAUAUCCACAGAUCUACUAGUUUAUGGGAAACUGCCGACUUUCUGAGUCGUUAAUGUCGGGACAAAUGUGUGGAUGAUUUUAAUCAAGAUGUUUUCUUCCUUUGUGAAGUCUGUGGUUUAUCACAGUAAAGGUCUGGCACAGAGAAGAUGUUUUUCUGCACACAGACACGGUAAAAUGCCGUGCUCAGAAGUGACAGACUCCACCUCAGUGUCUCCUGUGAAGAAAAGCAGGACCGAGAAAUCGAAUGAAAGCAGCUUUAGCUUCGUGCUAAAGUUCGCCAAACUGACAGAACACGCUACAACUCCCACCAGAGGCUCUGCUAAAGCCGCGGGAUUCGACCUAUACAGUGCGUAUGAUUACUCCAUUGCACCGAUGGACAAAGCCAUAGUGAAGACUGACCUCCAGAUCGCUGUUCCUGCAGGGUGUUAUGGUCGAGUUGCUCCUCGGUCUGGUCUGGCAGCCAAGCACUUUAUAGAUGUUGGAGCUGGUGUGGUGGAUGAAGACUACAGAGGAAAUGUUGGAGUUGUGCUGUUUAACUUCGGCAAGGAGACGUUUCAAGUGAAAAAAGGAGACCGAGUGGCUCAGCUGGUGUGUGAACGAAUCUGCUAUCCUGACCUACAGGAACUACAGACCUUGGAUGAGACUGAGAGGGGAACUGGGGGCUUUGGCUCCACUGGGAGGAGCUGAAACUGCUGCUGUUCUCUAAAGGGUCUGGUUUUUAUUUUGUAGUGACUUGGAACAAAAUGAGUUUAGUUCCAAUGUAUUGUUUUGCAGGGCUCCACUGAGCCACCAGGUGGUGCUGUUAUUCUUAGUCAUUUACUGUAAUAAAACCUUUUUUAUAUAAA